CAGACUAAGGCUGAGUCCAAUGCAGCCUGUAUUUAUGGGGUUGUCGACAUUAUUGCUGAUCUUGGAGUUCCAACGCAGAGACACAUCACAGACAACAUCAUUAUCCUCCAGGAAGUGGUCCACUCUCUCAAUCAGAUGAAGGGUGCUCGGGGCAGUAUGAUCCUGAAGAUCGAUUUGGCCAAGGCCUACGACAGGAUUAACUGGGAGUUCUUGCAAUCCACUCUUGUAGCAGCCAAUCUCCCGAUGGACUUCAUAAAUCUGAUUAUGGGCUGUGUAACCACUUCAAGUUUUCAGGUUCUCUGGAAUGGGAUUUGUACGGAUCCUUUCAAGCCCUCUCGCAGGAUCAGACAGGGAUGUCCUCUUUCUCCCUACCUCUUUACUCUUUGCAUUGAGCGUUUAAACCACUGUAUCAAAGAGUCGGUUGAUAAUGGUCUCUGGAAUCCUAUCUAUCUAUCUCACCAGGGACCGGCCCUCACUCAUCUCUUUUUUGCAGACGAUCUAGUGCUCUUUGCCGAGGCCGAUAUGAAACAGGGGAAGGCCAUCAUUGACUGCCUGGAUAAGUUUUGUGCUGCUUCGGGGGAAGAAGUCAGUAAGGACAAAUCUUGUGUUUAUUUCUCUAGGAAUACCAAGGAUCGGGCCCAGAGAAGAAUCAGCAGGCUUUUAGGAAUUAAACAGACGAGCAACCUUGGGAAUUACUUGGGAGUCCCUGUUGUGCACGGGCGUGUUACCAAGGACACCUACAAGUACAUUCUGGAAAACUUGGAUAAGAGGCUUUCAGGAUGGAAAUCACGGAGUCUCUCGCUCGCAGGAAGGGUUACUUUAGCUCUGUCAGUCCUGAAUGCGCUCCCGAACUACGUGAUGCAAACAGCGGUCCUGCCCUGCCACAUAUGCGAUGUGAUUGAUAAAAAGAUCCGGAGCUUUGUCUGGGGAGCAGAGGAAGGGCGCACUAAAGCCCACCUUGUGACUUGGGAAACUGUCUGCAAGCCAAAAGAGGAGGGUGGUUUAGGCCUUCGUUCAGCCCGCGCCCUUAAUCUGGCAUAUAUUAUGAAGCUUUGCUGGAAUUUUAUCAAUAAUAAUAGUGCUCUGUGGAUUAGAGUCUUGCAGGGCAAGUAUAUUAAUGCCAAUAUUGAUGGCACUGUCUCUAUGAGGCACCAGAGAGUUUCGAGAUUGUGGAAAGGGAUGCUGGAGGCUUUCCCUAUCGUGAAACAGGGAACCACUUGGGACAUCCGAGAUGGAGAAAGCGUUAAGUUUUGGCUGGACUGCUGGGUGGCGGAUGGUGUGGUCCUGAAGGACUAUGCGAAUGAUCAAGACCCCAGCGUGGAUUGGAACGUCUCGGUUGCUGACAUGGCCGACGACGCAGGUGAGUGGAAGUGGCCAAACUUCGAAAGUCUGCUCCCUCACUCUACUGUUAUGCUUAUUGCAGGUACUGACCCUCCCAGUAGGGAUGCUGGAGAAGACCUGACGACGUGGGGGAUGGAAGCUGACGGGAAGUUUCGGAUAAAAUCAGCCUACACCGUCGCUGCAGAAUGGCUUCGAAAAGAUGACAAUGAAGCCGCUCCGAUCCAAGCUAGCCCCAAAUGGAAGCAAAUCUGGAAAUGGGAGGGCCCCCAUCGCAUAAGAUAUUUCCUGUGGCUUGCGUUCCAUGGCCGUCUGAUGACGAACUGCGAAAGGAAGAGAAGGAAGUUGUGUCAACAGGAUACUUGUGACACUUGCAGAACAGACCCGGAAUCAACAGAGCACGUCCUCCGGCACUGUGCCUAUGCUACACAGGUAUGGCAUGAACUUGGGGUCUCUGACAACAACUUAACUAUUGGUUUAAACCUUGCAGAUUGGAUGGCGGAGCACCUGAAGAACGCGCAAGCUGGUCUGCUGUUCGGAGUUGGCGCUUGGUACUUAUGGAAAAGAAGAAAUGAAUGGGUCUUCGAUAGCAAGCAACAAGAUCCCUCGACUCUUGCCCAGAGAAUUAGGAGCUGGACCAACACUGUCCGCAACGCCCAAGAGAACAAUGGCAAAGUACACACGACUCAGCGUGCAAAGACGUCGACUGAGAUUGCUUGGAACCCUCCCCCUCCGGACUGGAUAGCGCUCAACACAGAUGGUUCGGUCAAGCAACCUGACUCCUUGGCAGCAGCGGGGGGCCUUCUUCGGGAUAACUCAGGAAGAUGUCGGGGAGCGUUUGCAUCCAACCUUGGAGCCUGCACGAUCACGAGAGCUGAGCUGAUGGGGGCGCUUCAAGGCCUAAAACUUGCUUGGCAGCUGGGCUACCGCAAAGUACAGAUGCGGACUGAUUCCAAGACGGUUGUUUCCAUUCUGACUUCCCAUAUGAUGUACGAAGGUCGGUAUCACAGCCUCUGGACCCAAUUGCAGCAACUACUCCAACAAGAUUGGGAGAUUGAGAUCUCUCACACUUUCCGCGAAGGCAACAAGUCAGCUGACUACCUUGCAAACAAAGGGCAUUCUCUUAGUCUUGGCUUUCAUGUUAUUGAGAGGGAUGACCCGGGUCUCAAUUUUUGGCUUUUGUAUGACUCUAUGGGCAUUGCCCACUCUCGUUUAAUCUAAAGUUUCAGGCAGGGGCGCCCUUUUAGCGUCCCAUUUUUCUACCAAAAAAAAAGAGAAAUAAAUGCCGAAAAUUAGU